CACCCACUCACAAUACUAUUGCUCUUCUUCUCAACUCAUCCUCUUUGCUUCUCAUCAUGGAUGUCAGCGUGGUUUUUGGAGUCCUAGGCAACAUCGUUGCAUCUCUGCUAUUCCUCUCACCAGCAGAUACUUUCUGGAGGAUAUUGAAAAACCGAUCGACCGAAGACUUUGAAAGCAUUCCAUACACACUGCUGCUCUUGAAUGCAUCUCUAUGGGUUUACUAUGGAAUUAUGAAACCAGUUGUGCUUCUUGUGACCAUCAAUGGAUUUGGGUCCCUCAUGAUGGUUAUUUAUCUCACCAUAUUUGUAACAUAUGCUCCUCCUAGAAUGAAGGUGAGGACUGUGGCUACCUUUGUGGCAAUGAAUGUCGGUUUUUAUGCGAGUGUAAUUUUGGUGACUAAGUUGACCAUGAAUAAGGGCGCUCAAGUUAGUACCGCUGGCACACUCUGUGUUUGCGUUACUGUUAUUUCUUUUGCCUCUCCUUUGUCUGCUAUGAAAACAGUGGUGAUGACCAAGAGUGUGGAGUUCAUGCCGUUCUUCCUCACUUUUUUCUAUUUCCUUGUUGCUACCAUAUGGAGCAUUUACCGGAUAUUACUUCGCGAUACUUUCAUUUUGGUAAAUACAUGCGACUAAACCCUUCAUAAAUGUUGAGAUUAUACGAGCCUGAGUUGAGAUUUAUCAAUGGGGAUGCAAAGUUGUAAGAUUUAUGAUUCUAACAAAACUUUAACAUGACAUAUGUGUUGAUGUUGUUCUUUAAAUGGAGGCAACUUGGAAGAGGGUGAUCAACAUCAACACCUCAUUGUAAAUUGACUGAUUAUUGAAUUUCAGGUUAUCUGUAACUAAUAUGAUAAUUUGGUCUUUUUCUUUAGUUAUUAUAUUUACCUUUGAUGCCACAACACACCUAAUGUAUCAUUUUGAGGACUGUAUGACCCUCGAUGUUAUAGGCUAUGUAUUACAUAUAAACUAUGUAUAAUAUAAACUAUGUAUAGUUUUGAGUAUAAUAUUUUGAAUGAAUU